AUGAAUAGAAUCCACACUGGGGAGAAACCUUUUGAAUGUAAUCAGUGUGGAAAGACUUUCACACAGAAGGGCCAUCUUGCUGUACAUCAGAGAAUCCACACUGGGGAGAAACCUUUUGAAUGUAAUCAGUGUGGAAAGACUUUCACAAAGAGCUCCAAUCUUGCUGAGCAUCAAAGAAUCCACACUGGAGAGAAACCUUAUGAAUGUAAUCAGUGUGGAAAGACUUUCACAUGGAGCUCCAGUCUUGCUGUACAUCAGAGAAUCCACACUGGGGAAAAACCUUAUGAAUGUAAUCACUGUGGAAAAGCUUUUACAAAGAGUUCCAGUCUCGCUAAUCAUCAGAGAAUACACACUGGAGAGAAACCUUAUGAAUGUAAUCAGUGUGGAAAGACUUUCACACAGAAGGGCAAUCUUGCUGGACAUCAGAGAAUCCACACUGGAGAGAAACCUUAUGAAUGUAAUCAGUGUGGAAAGACUUUUAUACAGAAAGCCAGUCUUGCUUUACAUGAGAGAAUCCACACUGGGGAAAAACCUUAUGAAUGUAAUCGGUGUGGAAAGACUUUCAUAAAGAACUCCUAUCUUGCUGAACAUCAGAGAAUCCACACUGGAGAGAAACCUUAUGAAUGUAAUCAGUGUGGAAAGACUUUCACACAGAAGGGCCAUCUUGCUGGACAUAAGAGAAUCCACACUGGGGAGAAACUUUAUGAAUGUAAUCAGUGUGGAAAGACUUUUAUACAGAAAGCCAAUCUUGCUGAACAUCAGAGAAUCCAUAGUGGGGAGAAACCUUAUGAAUGUAAUCAAUGUGGAAAGGCUUUCAUUCAGAAAGCCAGCCUUGCUGAACAUCAGAGAAUCCACACUGGAGAGAAACCUUAUGAAUGUAAUCAGUGUGGAAAGACUUUCACAUGGAGCUCAAGCCUUGCUGUACAUCAGAGAAUCCACACUGGGGAGAAACCUUAUAUAUGUAAUCACUGUGGAAAGACUUUCAUAAAGAGCUCCAGUCUUACUGAACAUCAGAGAAUCCACACUGGAGAGAAACCUUAUGAAUGCAAUGAAUGUGGAAAGGCUUUUACAAAGAAGAGCAUUUUUGCUGUGCAUCAGAGAAUCCAUACUGGAGAGAAACCCUAUGAAUGUAAUCUGUGUGGUAAAGCCUUCAUUCAACAGCCAUCCCUUAUUUACCAUCAACAAAUUCACACUGGACAGAAAGCUUAUGAAUAUAAUCAGUGUGAAAAGACUUCUAUACACAAAGCCAGUCUUGCUUUACAUGAGAGAAUCCACACUGCCUUCAGUCUAAAGUCAUCCCUUAUUUACCAUCAAAGAAUUCACACUGGAAAGAAACAUUUUGAAUGUAAUCAAUGUGGAAAGACUUUUACAAAGAGCUCCAAUCUUGCUGAACAUGAGAGAAACCACACUGGGGAGAAAUGUUAUGAAUGUAAUCAGUGUGGAAAGAAUUUCACACAGAAGGAUCAUCUUGCUGGACAACAGAGCAUCCACACUGGAGAGAAACCUUAUGAAUGUAAUCAAUGUCGAAAGCCUUCAGGCUAA